CGCCUGCGCACGGGGGAGGCGUGCGGAAGAGUCGCCGGAGCGGGCAGGUGGAGGGAGGAGUGGUCCCGGGAGUAGCUGCCCCGAGUUGGAGCGCCGCAGGGCCGGGGCCGCCCGCGCUCCCUCGGCCUGGGAGGCGACUCUGCGCUCGGAACGUGGCUCUUCGCGGGGGCCGUGACCUGCGCCCGCCUCCUCAGCCGGGAGUGCAGGAGGCUGGGGAUCGCUGAGGCCUUUCAAUCAUUUGGUGCCUGUUUGUGGCCCGAUAGAGACGCGAACACGCGCUCAUUUACCGCAUCCUUCCCCCGCCCCGUGUAGGAGAUGACACAUGGGGUCUCAGCAUUCCUCCUCUGCACGUACAUUUUGCCAAGGAAAGAAGGAUGACAAGCCGGAGGACUUGCUGGCUGAUAGAGAGCAGGAGGAAGCCAUCGCUCGGUUCCCCUAUGUGGAAUUCACUGGGAGAAAUAGCAUCACCUGUCACACAUGCCAAGGAGCGGGCUACAUGCCAGCAGAACAACUCAAUGAGUUGGUGGCUUUGAUCCCCCACAGUGACCAGAGGCUGCGUCCUCAGAGAACUAAACAGUAUGUUCUCCUGUCGAUCCUGCUCUGUCUCCUGGCAUCUGGCUUGGUGUUUUUCUUCCUGUUCCCACACUCAGUCCUCGUGGACGACGAUGGCAUCAAAGUGGUGAAAGUCACAUUUAAUAAACAGGACUCCCUUGUGGUGCUUGAUGUCACGGCCACCCUGAGAAUCAGGAACUCCAACUUCUACUCUGUGGCAAUGACCGACCUGUGCAGCCAGGUUCAGUACAUGAGAGCCGUGGUCGGCACAUACACGACCACCAAUGUCUCGCUCAUCCCCCCUCGGAGUGAGCACCUAGUAAAUUUUACAGUGAAGGCUGAGGUUGGAGGACCAUCUUCCUAUGUGUAUUUCUACUGCACGGUACCUGCCAUCAUGGUACACAACAUCGUGAUCUUCAUGAGGACUUCUGUGCAGAUCUCGUACAUUGGCCACAUAUCCCAGAGCACCUUGGAGACACAACGCUAUGUGGAUUGUGGGGCGAAUUCCACAGCUGUUUAGAGCCUGCCCUUGGUUCUCCCGUGGCUACACCUGUAGAAAGAAGCUGGCAUCUGUCCCCACAGCCCAGCAACUGUCCGUCAGUGCUGACUCCACAUGGUAUAAACGGAGGAGGAAGCGGUUCUCUUAACCCACAGAAAGCAUCCUUCCACACUUAGGGAGAGCCGUCUGCACAGCACUUUUGUGGGGGUUUUUUGGAACCAGCAAAAUCACUGCCCAGGUCCUAAUCGGUGCCCAGCAAAUAGUUUGCACUCCGUUCCAGCUUGAAGAGUUGAAUCCAGACAUUUGGGCUGUUAUUGAAUCAUUAUGAGUUGAGGUGAACCAGGGUUCUAGCUUUUCAGACCAGAGUGACAUGAAGGUGGGGUGUCAGGUGCACCCUGCAGAAGCACAGCAAGGGGGCGUCCGGAGGACCUCCUGGGAGCCUCUGCGGCUGCAUUUGUUACAUUUGUUUCCAUCUGUUCCCCAGUGCCCAGGGGUUCCCUUACAAAGUUGUUACACCCCCGACCCCCGGCCUACUGUAUGGCUUGAUGUAGCUUUAAUCCAUGGGCUGGACAUGGAUUGGGGGUUUGAUAGAAAAAUAAACCAUGCUUUUGAUUGA